UUUCUUAAGAUUUGAAAAUAUAAAAUAUGGGAGAUUAUGAAUAUGAGACGGAUAGUGGCUGCCUCUCUGUCCGGGUCCAUUUGAGAGACCCUGACGAGAAGGAGAAGGAGAAUAGAGGGUUUCUUCCAUAUCUUGGGAUAGGAGAGGUUCACACAACUCAAGUAAUACGCUGCCUCCUAGCGGAGUUUUUCGGAACUUUGCUUCUUGUUCUGAUUGGUUGUGGUAGCUGUAUGGGAGGAGAUAGGUUUGAUGCUGAUGUUCAACUCAGUGAUCAGGUUUAUAUAUGGGAAUCUAGCUGUCUACAAAUAUUCGGACAUGUUUCAGGCUGUCACAUAAAUCCUGCGGUCACACUAGGGCUGAUUACUGGCAGAAAGAUUGGGAUAUUAAAGGGUAUUCUAUACAUUCUCUUCCAGGAACACUCAACAAUAAGAAAAUUGAAAAAUAUUCGAAAUAUUUCAACUCAUGCGAUGAGUGUUGGUGGUAUUACCGGCGCAGCAAUUCUUUACAGUGUAGCUCCUGAAGGCCUACGGGGUGCUGCUGGUUUAGGACAAACUGGAGUCAAUGCGCUUCUUACUAAAGGAAAUGCCGUGGCUGUUGAAAUGUUGAUUACCGGGGUUCUUGUCCUCGUUGUGUUUGCUAGUGCAGCGGACCCUGUAAACUCUAUACAAGUAAAAGGAUCUGCACCUUUAGCUAUAGGUUUAAGCAUCACUGCCUGCCACUUAUGGGCAAUUCCCCUGACAGGUUCAAGCAUGAAUCCGGCAAGAUCAUUAGGACCUGCAGUUGUUAUGCAUAACACAGUUGAUCUAUGGAUAUACUGGGUUGGACCUAUGACUGGCGGAUUUCUAGCUGCAGUAAUCUAUCAAUCAAUCUUUAAAGCCAGAAGUGAAGAACCAAAACAAGAGAAAUAUUCUCCAAGAAGAAGAGCUUACAGUGAAUACAGAAUGAAAACUCCUGUAAAGCAAGUAAAUAAAAAAAAUGAUAAUAAUAAUAACAAU